UUUUAGAAUUCUAAAUUAGAGAAUUAAUUUUGUUAGAAAUAACACAAGCAUAACUAAUAGCUAUUUUACUAUAUUAUGGUUUUUGAAAGGAUUUGGUUAUACAAUAUAGCAAGAGGUAUUGAAAAUGAACCUGUGACUGCAAGACAACUUCCAAAAUCUAUAGGAUGUGGUAAAAACUUUCCUGGUAAAGCAGCAUUAAAUACAAAAGCAAAGGUUCGUGUUUGGUUACAAAAAUUAACUGAAGAACUGGAAGAGCGUUUAAUGAAAGAUCAACAUGACGUAAUAUUAUUUAUUUUUAAAAAUUAAAAUAUAUUAAUUAAAAAUAAUUCUUAAAAGACAAUCCACAGAAAAUUAGUAUUUGUGAACAUGAUAAAAUUAUAAUUGAAAGCAUUCACUUUUAUUUGUAAGCCUUUUGUCUAUCUUCAAAGUGUAAAUUUGUUAGAUUAUUUAGAGAAUAUUCUUAAAGUUUAUUUUCUUCUUUUUAAAUAAUCAAAAUAUAUAAAAACUAGUAGCCUGGGAUGCCCCCUAGUGGACGUUCUUUACAAAUUUCCAUGAGGCACGGUUCCUUUGACUUUUUUGUUCCUAUCAAUAUGCUCUACAGCUCUGUUAAAAUCCGAAUGGUAAGAUUUACCCUCCGAAUGAAGAGGUGGCGAUCCCCCCAAACUGUGAACCCCUGUACUAACGAUAAAGUCAAAGGAACCAUACCCCUACUCGUGACCCUUCGAGACAUAUAAGCCUCGUUGUGGCCGGAUGGCCGAGUGGUCAAGGUGGCAGCCUACUGCUCCGAGGGACCCGGGUUCGAAUCCGAACGGGUUGAAAAAUUCCCAGGAAUUUUUCGGG